UUGUCCUGUUAUGGGGUGGCUAGGAGAGGAAUAGUUGGUAUAGAGGGUAGGGUGGGGUAACCCCACAUCUCUUUAUUCAUAUUUUUUCCCUUUAAUCUGAGUUUGCAUAGAAAAGUGAUCAGUCUGACAAGAAGGCAACCUCUCAAGCUUAGAGCUAUCCAAGAUAGAGAGUUAGUUAGACACACAUGUGAGUCUGUGUAUUUUAUCCAUUUUCUGUUACUACAAUCAACAAAGCUGUCUCAGUUAAUAUCUUUUCUUCUUCUCCUUCAAGAAAAACAAAGAAGGACUUUAAUUUCUUGAUUGAUUGUGAAGUUAAAAUUAUUCUUCCUGCAAUCUGCUUCUAUGUACUAUCAAGGAACCUCGGAUAAUAUUCAUCAAGCCACUGAUGGUAAUAUUCAGACACUUUAUCUGAUGAACCCUAACUAUAUUCAUCAAGGGUACACUGACACACAACAACAACAACAACAACAACACCAUCAGCAACAAAUUAUACCCCACGCGCCGCUGCAGCAGGCACAGCAGCACUUUGUCGGCGUCCCUCUUCCGGCUGUUAGUUUGCACGAUCAGAAUCAUGCCCAGCUUAUCCACCGCCUGUGGAACCAAAGUGGUAGUGGUGGUGGAAAUGGAAAUCAUCAUCACCAAUACCAGAUUAUACCAUCAUCCACGGUGGUUUCCGCCACCUCCUGUGGCGGCACCACCACGGACUUGGCCUCUCAGUUGGGGUUCCAGAGGCCAAUAACCAUGUUACCGACACACCAACAACAACAAGGUAGUCUAUCGCUAAGCCUUUCUCCUCAACAACAACAAAUUAGUUUCAAUAACAUUUCAGCUCAGAAUCAAGUUGGAUCAAAUAUUAAUAGAGGAUUAGAUGGAAUUUCCAGCAUGGUUUUAGGCUCUAAGUACCUGAAAGCUGCACAAGAGCUUCUAGAUGAAGUUGUUAGUGUUGGAAAAUGCAUCAAAGGAGGUGAAAUAGAGAAGGAGGAAUUAAUAAAUAAAGAAUCAAUAUUGCCUUUGGCUAGUGAUGUGAACACUAGUACUAAUAGUGGAGGUGAAAGUAGCAGCAAGCAGAAAUAUGGAGUUGCUGAACUAACAACUGCUCAAAGACAAGAAUUUCAAAUGAAAAAAGCCAAGCUUGUUACCAUGCUUGAAGAGGUGGAGCAAAGAUACAGACAGUACCGUCACCAAAUGCAAAUAAUUGUAUCAACAUUCGAGCAAGUAGCAGGAAUUGGAUCUGCAAAAUCAUACACACAACUGGCUUUGCAUGCAAUUUCGAAGCAAUUCCGAUGCUUAAAAGAUACUAUUGUUGGACAAAUAAAGGCCACGAGGAAGAGUUUAGGUGAAGAAGAUCAAGGCGUAGGAGGGAAAAUUGAAGGGUCGCGACUAAAAUUUGUAGACCAUCAUCUUAGGCAACAACGUGCACUUCAACAACUAGGAAUGAUGCAACCAAAUGCUUGGAGACCCCAAAGAGGUUUACCUGAAAGAGCUGUCUCUGUCCUUCGUGCUUGGCUUUUCGAGCAUUUUCUUCAUCCUUAUCCCAAGGAUUCAGACAAAAUCAUGCUUGCGAAGCAAACCGGGCUAACAAGGAGCCAGGUCUCCAACUGGUUCAUAAAUGCUCGAGUUCGACUAUGGAAGCCAAUGGUGGAAGAAAUGUACUUGGAAGAAGUGAAGAAUAAUCAAGAACAGAAUAGCUCAUUAGAAGAAAACAAAAACAAAAAUGAAUCCAACAAAGAGAAAAUGGUCUCAAAAUCAAGUGCUCCACAAGAAAAUGGUACUCCAACAGAAAUUGCAACCUCAACUAGUUCAACUUCUCCUACUGCAUGUGGCUCCUUUCAAGCAGUACAAGCUCACAACUUUUCCUUUCUUGGUUCAUUAAACAUGGAAAAUAAUACUACUGCUAAAAAGCCAAGAAACCAUGACAUGCAUAAUAAUUCUCCAAGUAGUAUUCUUUCAUCGGUGGACAUGGCCGAAACCAAAGCUAGAGAUCAUCAAUCAAACAAAGGGUUCAAUCCUUUAAUGGAUGCAGCAGCAGUAUAUACAAUGGGAGAAUUUGGAAGGUUUAAUCCGCAUGAACAAAUGGCAGCAACAAAUUUUCAUGGAAAUAAUGGUGUCUCUCUUACUUUAGGGCUUCCUCCUAAUUCUGAAAACCUGAGCCAACAGAGUUACCAAAAUACUAUUGAGUUCAAUAGAAUGAGCUAUGAGAACAUUGAUUUUCAGAAUAAGCGGUUCCCUUCUCAACUAUUACCAGAUUUUGUUGCAGGUAAUCUUGGAACAUGAAAACCACACAAUUUCUAGUAUAUAGGAAAUAUUCUUUUUUUUUUAUAUAGAAAAAAAGAGAUUUGUACUUUAGUGUAUAGAUAGAGUCUGCUUAAUAAUUAGUAUAGUCAUACUUCCAAUUGUCAGAGAAGAGAUAUACAAGUAGUAAUUUUUUUUUC